AUGUCUGCGGAGGACGAGCUCCUCGGGACGGCGCGCCCGGUGCCGCUGCCGACAAAGGACACGCCGCCUGGGGCCGGCGGCGGCGCACGAGACCGAGCCGCCAUCCUGCGCGCAGGAGGAGGCGGAGCUGCUCGGGCUGGGACGGCGCGCGCGCGGCCGAGAGCGGGCGCGGGGUGCUGCCGAGGCGCCGCGCCGGAGCGCGGACGGGGGCGCUCGAGCGAGCUUCCGCCCACCACCGCAGGGCGCCGCGCCGGGCGCCGCGGCGGGGCGCUCGAGCUGGACCUUCGGCGGGGCGCCGUGCCCGUUCGCUCCCCGCUCGCGGAGCGCUGCGCGCAGGAGCGCGGCGGGGCGCUCGAGCGGGGAACGCCGGGCUCGAGCUAA